AUGGCUUCAUCAGCUAAGAGGAGAGCAGUAGGUUUGGGUGAAAAUCCCGGGGAAAGUGACAAUAGCUCCGAUGAGAAUCCGGAGGAGGAUGAUGAAUCCGGGGAGGAGGACAGCGAGGCAUCAGAGGAAGAGAUCAAUGAGGAGGUCAUUGUGGACUUCGAAGCCCACGCCAUUUCACACAGCGACUUCAAUGGUAUCAAGAAACUGCUGCAACAGCUCUUCCUGAAGGCCCAUGUAAAUACAUCAGAGAUGACAGACAUCAUCGUUCAACAGAAUCAUGUUGGAAGUGUCAUCAGGCAAGCUGAGGUACCAGAGGACAGUGACGACGAUGAUCCAGAUGAAGUGUUUGGAUUCAUCACUAUGCUCAACCUAACAGAGAGAAAGGGUGUGCAGUGCGUGGAGGAGGUGAAGGAGCUGAUCGUGGAUCAGUGUGAGAAGAACGCUACCCACAGCGUGACAGAGCAGCUAGAGCACAUCCUCAAUGACACCAGCAAGCCUGUGGGGCUGCUGCUGAGCGAGCGCUUCAUCAACGUACCCCCACAGAUCGCCCUUCCACUGCACAAACAGCUCCAAGAAGAAAUCACUGAAGCUCAGAGGACGAACAAGCCCAGUGGGAAGUGUCACUAUUGUCUGAUGAUCAGCAAGACCUGCAAAGAGGCAACCAAGAGUAUCCCAGCCAGAGGAGGCACGCCCAAAGAGGAAUACAUGUUUGUCAAUGCAGAGGAGGAAUUCUUCUAUGAGCAAGCCAUCAUGAAGUUCCACUACUCGGUCCAGGAGGAGGCAGACUCCUGUUUGAGCGGCAGGUGGUCGUUCGACGACGUCCCCAUGAAGCCGUUCAGGACAGUGAUGCUGAUACCAGCCGACAGAAUGCCUGUCAUCAUGGACAAACUCAAAGAAUACCUAACUGUGUGAACCUCACAAUAAACUAAGACACUUGUGUUCGCUCUGAGGAUUUUCGGGGUCAUGGAAAUGGUUCACUACUCUCUUAAGAGACUAGAAGAAAUCAUAAGCUACAGUAGUGUCAGUAUCGUGAACUUGACAGUUGGGUUCUCGGUUGUUUUUUUCAGCAAUUGUAGAUACAGUUUUUACAAAUUCCUGGUUCAUUUAAGAAACGAUGCAGAAGGAACACACCACAUACCCUGCUCAUACUGACGAAAUAUUCGACUGUUAUAUUGUGAAAGUCUUGUUUUUUUUACAAAGACCUGUGUUUAUAAUAAGAUUAUGAACUAUGGUUAAAGAUGAUAAAUCUUUAGUGUUAAUGACAACAGCUGAAAUGGGCGAGUUUGGAGUCUAGUCUCAGCAGAUGGAGGAGGACGGGAUGUGUCAUUUGCCAUUUAAUCAAAUUACUGAACAGGAAAGCUGUAUAAAGUUACCAGAUUGAUAGUUCCAGAUUUUCCUCAAUGACAUAAAUUAGAAGAAAACUUUUUGUUUUGUUAUUGUUGGCAAUAAAUCACAAUAUCUUUUUUUUCUUUUCUACAAACGGUUUUCGAAUUAAGCAUUUCUGUAGCUCUCGACACAGAUUAUUAAUAAAUGUCUUAUAUCUG